CUGAGGGAGAGGGAGGGACUGAGGGACAGGGAGGGACUGAGAGAGAGGGAGGGACUGAGGGAGACGGAGGGAGUAGUAUAUGCAUUGAGGAAACCAGGCCAUGGGAAACACUUGUUCCAAAUGUGGAGGACGUGAGGAAGGGGAAUCUGAAGAGAGGAGGGGGAGAGGGGAGAACCAAACAACGAAAAAUGAAGAGAACCAAAGUGCAGCAGUUCCUCUUCUGACCUCCAACCACGCUCAGUCUGGGAGCAACAUCUUGGCUCCUGUAUUCAGCCACACAAUCAUCCAGGGCCCAGUUAACAUCACCACGACAGCUCCUGCACAGGCUCAGAGGACGGAAGAUGCUUCCCCACACUGCAGUGCCUCCAUUGAAAGUGUCAAACUGAAACUUAAAGCCAGUUUAAAGGAGAAGUUUCAAUUCCUGAGGAGCGAUACGUUCCUGUACGUGACGUCCCCGGAUGGUCCGACGCCCCUGAGCAGCAUCUACACACAGCUUUACAUCACGGAGGGCGAGAGCAAAGGGAUCAACACAGAACACGAGAUCAGGAGGAUCGAGUACACGUCCGUUAGCAAAACAAGAUCAGACAAACCCAUCAAGUGCAACGACAUCUUCAAACCCCGACCCGGACGAAAAGAAGAGGUCAUGAUCGUGCUGAUGAAAGGCAUCGCAGGCAUUGGAAAAACCAUCUCAGUUCAGAAGUUCAUCCUAGACUGGGCAGAGAGGGAGGCCAAUCAGGAUAUAGAUUUCAUCUUCGUGCUUCCGUUCAGAGAGCUGAAUUUGAUUCAAGGCCAACUCAGUGUCUGGGGUCUUCUGAAGGAGUUCCACUCAGAGCUUAAUGAAAUUGAAGUAGCGGAAGUGUUUCAAAACCACAAAGUGCUUUUGAUCUUUGACGGUCUGGAUGAAAGCAGGCCGUCUCUGGAUUUCAAGAACAACGAGAGAGUGUCUGAUGUCACAAAGGAGUGUCCAGUUCACAUUCUGGUGACUAACAUCAUAAGGAAGAAUCUACUUCAGUCUGCUCUCCUCUGGAUAACCUCUCGACCCACAGCAGUUGUAGAGGGCCUUCGUAAAACCAUCCAACUCCACCUGUUGGAUGUUGAAGUUCAAGGCUUUGACGACGAACAGAAGGAUCAGUACUUCAGGAAGCGAUUCAGUGACAAUGAAGUCCUGGCCGACGCAAUCAUCUCACACGUCAAGGCAGCGAGGAGUCUCCACAUCAUGUGUUACAUACCCAUCAUGUGUCGGAUCACGUCCGUGGUCCUGUCGCAAAGACUGAAAGAAAACAAGUCUUCAAACAUCCCGACGAGUCUGACCGAGAUGUACGUAGACUUCCUCAUCAGUCAAACAGAACUCGCACAGGAGAAAUUCGAAGGGCAAAACUACAUGGGCAGACAGGAGGUCUUGGAAUUCAGUCAAGACUUUAUUCUGAAACUGGCUCAACUAGCGUUCCAACAGCUUGAAAGAAAAAAUGUCAUUUUCUAUAAGGAAGACAUUAAAGGAUGUGGCUUUGAUGUUGAUGACGCUGCAGUGAAAUGUGGACUGUGCACGGAAAUCCUGAAGGUAGAGUGUGGGCGGUAUAAGAAGAAGGUGUACUGCUUUGUGCACCUGAGCUUUCAGGAGUUCCUCGCUGCUCUCUAUGUGUUCUACUGCUGUGUGCCCAAGAACAUCAGUGCACUGGAAUCCUUCCUGGAGAACGUGUCUUCAGAGCAGCCCCUGCAUGAGUUGCUGAAGAGAGUCGUGGAUAAAGCUCUACAGAGUGAGAAUGGACACCUGGACCUGUUCCUCCGCUUCCUUCUUGGCAUCUCAAUGGAGUCCAACCAGACUCUCUUACAAGGCCUUCUGCCCCAGACAGAGAACAUCUCAGAGACUGUUGAGGAGAUGAGGAAAUACCUCAGGAAGCCAGACGUAGAGAAUAUCUCAUCUAACAUGUGCAUCAACCUCUUCCUCUGCUUGAUUGAGAUGAAAGACAGCUCAGUGCAUGAGGACAUUCACAAGUUCCUCUUCGCACAAGAUGAUGAUACUUUGUCGCUGGACGGGUGCUCGGCACUGGCUAAUGCUCUCCUGCUGUGUCAGGGCGGGGUGGAAGAGUUGGACCUGUGGCAGUAUGCCUGGCGCAAGAGAAUGAUCCCUGCGGUGAGGAAAAGCAGAAAGGCCAUACUGAAUGACAUGAACCUCAGCCCAGAGGACUGUAUUUCCCUGGCCUCCUCCCUCAAGUCACCAGACUCUCAUCUGAGAGAGCUGCACCUCAUAGAAGACAAGCUGACCGGUGGUGGGGACCUGAGUGACGUCUUCGCUUCCCUGGGAGAUUGUCACUGUAAACUGGAAAUAUUGAGACUGACUGACAUGGAGCUUAAACCUAAGGACUGUGCAUCACUGGCCUCCUUCCUCCAGUCACCAGACUGUUCUCUGAGAGAGCUGCACCUGGGAUAUAUUUUUCCCUCUGGUGGCGAUGAAGUACUGAUGGAUAUUUCUUCCAGCCUGAAAGCAUCUAAACUGAGUUUAUUGAGGCUGAACAGCUGUCUCCUGACAGAAAACUAUUGUAGGGAGUUGACUUCAGCCCUUAUUUCCAUUUCCCACUUGAAAGAGUUGGACCUGAGUCACAACGACCUGCAGGAUUCAGGAGUGAAGCUGCUCUCUGAUGGACUGAAGAGUCCACACUGUAGACUGAAGAUCCUGAGGCUGUCGUUUUGUGGAGUCACAGAGGAAGGCUGUGCUUCUCUGGCUACAGCUCUCAGCUCAAACCGCUACCUGAGAGAGUUGGACCUGAGCUUCAAUCACAUAGGAGACAUAGGACCAAAGAAACUGAAAGAUUCAAACUCGAGACUGAAAAAACUCAAUGUGGACCACAAUGAGGAGAUCUGGGUAAAACCACAUCUUAUUAAACUGUGUGACCAGUACCUCACAUUUGACCCAAACACAGCUUAUAAAACCCUCUCUCUGUCUGAGGACAACAGGAGGGUGGAGGCAGUAGAGGAGGACCAGCUGUAUCCUGAUCACCCAGAGAGGUUUGAUGAGGAGGAGCAGGUGCUGUGUACAGAGGGUCUGACUGGACGCCAUUACUGGGAGGUGGAGUGGAAAGGUGACUGGAUAUUGGUUGGAGUCACAUACGGCAGCAUCCAAAGGAAAGGAAGCACCACUGCCUGCAGCCUUGGAGACAACGACAAGUCGUGGUGUCUCCUGUGCUCCAACUUUGGGCCAUACAUGUGGCACAAUCAUCAACGGACUUAUCUCCCUGCUGCCUGCUUACCAGUUCCCAGCAGGGUAGGAGUUUACCUGGACUGGCCGGCUGGAGUUGUGUCCUUCUACAGGGUCUCCUCUGACACGAUGACCCACCUGUACACGUUCAACACCACCUUCUCUGAGCCCCUCUACCCAGCGUUUUGGAUUGGGCAGCCAGGGUACUCAGUGUCCCUGUGCCAAGUAGGGCAGCCUUAAACCUUAUUAAUAUUACCCUUUACCAGCCUGGACACUCUCUCACUCUCUCUUUCACUCUAUCUUUCACUCUCUCUUUCACUCUCUCUUUCACUCUCUCUUUCACUCUC